AUUGUUUUCUUAAAGUUAAACGAAAAGAACAACUACUACACAUCAAUAUUUUUGUUUCUGUUUACUUCUGCUGCACAAAAGAAAAUGAUUCAAAAUUAUUAGAAAUAACUCUAUUUUUGCAAUUAAUAUCUAUUAGUGGUGCGAAUUAAAUUAUGUCUUUAAUUUUCUUUUUGUAAAAAUCUUUGGCAUUACAUUGUAGGCAUGCUAACAAAGAAUGGGUAGAAAUAAUUAUAUGAAAGAUCUAUAAAUUGAAAAACAAGGCUUUCAUAAAAAGGUAUUGAAAUGGCUGCUCCUGAGAAGCAAGCAUCUGAUAAAAAAUUACUUGAAAAUAUACAAAAUGAUUUAAAAGCCCUUGCAGUUGAAGCUCGAAAGCGUUACCCACCCUUAAAAGAGGCUGCUGAAUCAGGAAUUGCUAAAGUACAAAACACUGUUGCAAAGUACAAGGAUGUACGACUUGCUUUUAUUUCUGAAAGCCCAGAAAUAUUAGAACCUUUUUUUCUGGGUUGUGAUACAAAAAACACUAAAAUCGUCCAGAUGUCUUUAACAUCUAUUCAGAGAUUGAUUACAUUAGAGGCUAUAUCAUCGACUGCUGCUAGUAAUAUUAUCACUUGUUUGUGGGCUCUAAUGGAAAGUGGAACUGAGGAGCUGAAAUUGUUACAGACUGUCACUCUUUUAGUAACUACUAAUUCUAUUGUGCAGGGAUCAGUAUUAGCAAAGGCUAUUGUAUUGUGCUUUAGGUUACAUUUCACGAAGAAUAGUACUACAAAUAACACAGCUUCAGCAACAGUGCGUCAAUUAGUCUCAGCAGUUUUUGAAAGAAUUGCUGCUGAAGAUUUCAUUCCAACUGAGAGUCUUACUAAUCAGUCUAAUAUUCAGUUGGAAGAGUUAAAAGCUGGUAGUCGUUUUGCUCCUAAAUCAUUGCCUUGUUAUGCAUCUGAUGGGUUUAUGCUAUUUCAGGAUUUAGUUCAGCUGGUAAAUGCUGAUCAACCAUUUUGGCUAAUUGGAUUAACAGAAAUGACCAGAACAUUUGGAUUAGAACUACUUGAAUCUAUUCUGUCUUCAUUCCCAGAUGUCUUUUUUAAAUUUCCAGAGUUCAACUUUUUGCUGAAAGAAAGAGUGUGUCCUUUGAUUAUAAAGUUAUUUUCACCCAACAUAAAGUAUCGUCAAGGGGUGCAAAAUUCUGGUACUGCAGCAGCUACAUCUGAUAAACCAUAUUUUCCAAUUUCUAUGCGUUUGCUUCGCAUUGUAUCCAUAUUAAUUCAAAGAUACUAUAAAAUACUUGUGACUGAGUGUGAAAUUUUUCUCUCUUUAGUUGUAAAGUUUUUAGAUGUUGACAAACCGCCUUGGCAACGUGCAUUAGCCCUAGAGGUACUGCAUAAAAUGUGCAUACAACCGGAAUUAUUAAAGUCAUUUUGCCAGUCAUAUGAUAUGAAACCUCAUAGUACGAAAAUAUUUAAGGAUAUUGUUAAUGCUUUGGGUUCCUAUGUGCAAUCGAUGUUUAUCAUCCCCAGUACUGCCAAUCCAGUUCUCCCUGGAAACAUGUCUGUUGGCUGUGGAGCUCCUCCAUCUGUUGUUCAAGGUCAAUCUCCAGCUUUACUGGCAGGAAUGCCUGUUGGUCCUGGCAUUACACCACAAGCUGGAUUUUUGUAUCGUGGUAUUUGGCUUCCUAUAACUCCAGUUCCUUCUGGAACAUGCAAACCAGUAUUUUUAGAUCUGUUGGACAGGCUAGAAGCACCAGCUGUUCCUGAAGGUUAUGGAAUUUCCGUAGCAUAUGCUUGCCUUCUUGAUGUUAUAAAUAGUAUUGCAACUAUUAUUUGCCCUCAAAAACAAUCUUCUGCUUUUUUAACAAGUGAAACUGGUACAACAGAGAGUGAGGAAACUAUUCUAUCACAGCCUGAAAAAACAUCAUUGACAGAACAAAUUUCAGAACUCUCUGUAUGUGAUAAAAUAUGUGAUAUUGAUUGUCCUCUUGAGCUUUCAGAACAAAUAAUAAAUUCAACAUGGUGUGGACUUUUAGCUGCAUUCACGCUACUCAUCGAUGCCAGCACUGAUGAAACUGCUACUGAAAAUAUACUCAAGACCAUGCAAAUUUAUAGCAGUAUAUGCGGUACCUUAAAUAUGACAAUACCCAGAGAUGCUUUUAUAACAGCCAUGUGCAAAGCUUCACUGCCUCCUCAUUAUACUCUGACGGUAUUAAAUACAAAUUUACUCAAAACAGACAGUAAAGGAGAUAGAAUAAGAGAUUGUAGUGAUGCAAGUCAUCCUGGCCUUAAUUGUAAUAAUCUUGCUGGAGCAUCUCAAUUACCAUUGGGACUUUAUCUGGGUGGAUGUGAUGGUUAUGAAAUGCGACAACAGGUUGUUGCUGUUGGAACUCCUCUUCCUACAGCUUCUUUACCUCUGGGGGCACAGCAAGGUCCAGUAAUGUUGACUGCAAAGAAUUUGCAAUGUAUGCGAGCUGUGUUAAGCUUAGCUCAUUGUCAUGGUUCAGUUUUAGGUACAGCAUGGCAUCUUGUCUUAACUACUCUUCAACAUCUAGUAUGGAUUCUUGGCUUGAAACCCUCUACUGGUGGAAGUCUAAAAGCAAGUCGAUCUAAUGAUUCUGCAAAUGCUGUUAUAACAACUGCUGUGAUGGCAGAUUUACCUGUUUUAUCUGCAAUGUUAUCACGUUUAUUUGAAAGUUCUCAAUAUCUAGAUGAGGUAGCUUUACAUCACUUGAUUGAUGCACUUUGUAAAUUGUCAUCUGAAUCUAUGGAAUUAGCUUACACCAAUAGAGAACCUUCACUUUUUGCUGUAGCUAAGCUGUUAGAAACUGGUCUUGUGAACUUAUUUCGUGUUGAUGUACUUUGGAGGCCAGUGACUAAUCAUCUGUUGGAAGUUUGCCAACAUCCACAUAUCAGAAUGCGAGAAUGGGGAGCAGAAGCUGUAACAUUUUUGGUAAAAGCUGCUCUUUAUCAUAAAUAUGAACCAUCUCUCAAAGAAAAUAAAAAAUUGCAAACAAUGUUGUUAAGUCCACUGCAAGAACUAUCCUCCAUUUCUCAUCCUGAUAUAAGACAGAAACAGUUAGAUUGUGCAUUACAAGUUCUUCACAGUAGUGGUGAUAUUAUAUCUAGUGGAUGGCCUCAACUUCUAGAUGUAAUUGGUGCAAUAAAUGAAGAUCAUGGUGAGUCAUUGAUACGAUCAGCCUUUCAGUGCCUUCAACUUGUUGUUGCUGAUUACCCACCAGUAAUGCCAUGUACUUGUUUGCAGUUAUGUGUAGAUGCAGCUGCCAAAUUUGGCUCUCAAACACAAGAACUAAAUGUUUCUUUAGCAGCUAUUGGCCUUCUUUGGAAUAUUGCUGAUCAUUUGUUCCAGAAUAAAGAAAAAAUUUCUCAAAAUUUGUCCUCAGCCACUGAUGAAGAACUCACUUCCUUGAAUUCAUUACAGAUUUCUAACUUUGGUUUUCCUUUGUUGCCAUUCGAUAAAUUGUGGUUGAGUUUGUUUUGUAGACUAGGAGAUCUUUGUGUUGACUCAAGACCUGCAGUUCGAAAAAGUGCUGGUCAAACAUUGUUUUCUACUUUAAGUGCUCACGGAUCAUUGUUGCAACAAACAACAUGGCAGGUUGUACUUUGGCAAGUUCUCUUUCCUCUGCUUGAUAGAGUAAGAUCUUUAUCUGGAACUGCAUCUACUGAUAAAAUUACUGAUAUGGGUGGAAAUAUUCUUAUUCAUCACUCAAGAAACACAGCUCAAAAGCAGUGGGCUGAGACUCAAGUUUUGAGUUUAUCUGGUGUUGCUAGAAUUUUUCACACCAAACGUGAUGUUUUGCAGAAACUAGGAGAUUUUCCAAGAGCAUGGGCAUUACUUCUGGAGUUCAUUGAAAGUUCAUCAUUAAGUAAAAAUAAUGAGGUUUCUUUUUCUGCUUUGAAAAGUUUUCAAGAAAUUUUGAACAUCAGUCAUUAUCAGGAGCCAAGAAAUGGAAAAGUAAAAGUUGAACCUGUUACUCAGAAUGAUGAGGAAUCUUCUUUACAAACUGAAGUUGCUUUAUGGAGUGCUGCCUGGAAAGUUUGGUAUAACAUCGGAAUAGAAAGCACAAAACCUCCUCCAGAUCGAUUGAUUGAUAAUGCUCAUGCAAAAAAUGAUUAUUCCAUGCUUUAUGUACCUGCGCAACAAUUUCUGACUGCAUUAAUUCAAAUAUUUCCAUCUCUCUUCCAGCAUAUAAAGGAAAGGUUUGUUGCUUCUGAUUUUCAGAAAUUAGCUACUGUCUUGCAAAAUGCAGUGGCUGUACCUGUUCAUGGUGAAACUUCACCAUUUAUUUUACCUUCUUUAACAGAGGUAGUUUUAACAACUUUGCAAGAUUCUAUAUUGCAGUCUAUGAAUAUGUUGUUAAAGGAAGCUUUAAAUGGAAAUGAAAAUAUAUCAUCAUUGCUUCCUGUAAUUUUCAAUCAACUCCUAGUAUUUUCAUCCUAUGCAUGCAAUGCACCUCCUUAUGGACAGUUGAGAACUCGAGCUUUUGUGAACCUAAAAGUCUCUGGAACUGAUUGGGUUACAAUGAAUUUUGUCCCAUUUGGCGAAAAAGCUCUUGAAAUGGUUGUGACUGCCUAUCAACAAACUGCUCAGCAGCCAAACAUUAUUAAUUCUCAAGUUCUUCAUUCAAUAAUUAAGGCUUUAAGACUUCCUCUGAGUAUGAAAUAUGCCUGUCCAUCACAAAUGACUUGGAAAUUGGCUGUGAAUGCUGUGCUCAAAGUUCUUCAGGCAGGACUACCUAUGGCAAGACAGUAUCCUACCCAAUUUAAUGGCAUGUGGGUUGAUUUAGCAUAUGCUCUCGAAGAUUUCUUAUUUCCUGCAAGUUUACCAUCUCCAACACAAAGUCUUGAAGAUCAACAAAAUGAUGAAGCCUUAGAUUGUAAAAUUAUUCAUCUGAUCCGAGAUGGAAUAUUGCCCUUUGCUAAUCAACUGCCCCGUGAAUUCAUCAUUAGAAUCGUUACAUUACUUAAUAAGGGUUCAAUACAUUCUGCUACUAAUAAUAGCCCUGUUGAUAUUGAUUCCAGUAGGAAGCUUCGUGAAGAAUUUGCUAAGUCUUGUUUUGAAACCCUCCUACAAUUUUCUUUCCUGGAGAGCGGAAUUGAAAUCGAUGAUGAUGGUGUUGUUAAUUUAUUAGCUGUCACUUCUCUCUUACAUCGUUUCAAAGAAGUCAUUCACAAAUAUGCUGAAGAUGAAAGACUUAGUGGAAAAUGUCCAUUACCAAGGCACAGGAUGUCUGAAAUAUCAUUUGUUUUAAAAGCUGUAGCUACUUUGGCGAAGUCUUUGAAAAAAGCAGAUCCGGAGAAAGUUGAAUGGACUGUAUGGGAACAACUUAUUUCUCUUUAUCCAAGUCUUGUUGAUUGCACAACUUCUACAUCUGCUCAAGUAUGUUGUUCUUUGCGUGAAGCUUUGCACGAAUAUGCUGAUCUUUUAGAGCCACCAAAAAAUAUUAUAAAUGGAGGUUCAUGAUAGUAAAUUUAUUGCCUAAAUUUUUAUAUGUUUUGUAAACUUUUUCACUUUAUAAGUGAGGUGGAACAGAUGAUUGAUGAGACUUUUAAUUCCAAACAAUAUAAAUUGAUCUUUCUUAUAUCAUGACAUUUUCAAGGAUUUACAGUCUGAAAUUUCAGAAUCUAUUGAUUUAUGGUGAUGCAUAUCAACUAUGAUUCAUAUUAAACUAUGUAGCCAUAGUUUAUAUGCAAUUCAUUACGGUGUUAUUGAAUUAUUUAAGUUUUGAUUUGAAAAUUCACUUGUUUUGCAAAAUUUAUUUGUUAUUCAUAAAAUGAUGCCUUUAUUUUUAUUAGUCAAUAUCUUGCAUUAUUGAUUUAUAGCUGAGUUUAAGAUUAUUUAUCUUUCAUGCACAUUAAAUUUAGGGAUUAAAAAUGCUUUCCAUGGAUAAAUUUAUAUCUGUAUUAAACUAUGCAAUUUUCAAAUAAAGUGUCUUAACUAAAUGCUCAAGUUUUAUCAAUAAUUUAAUCAUUUGAAUAAUUUAUUCAUAUGUAGCUUGUUUGAUAUUUAUCUAGCUGCACCAUGCCAUAAUCGAACUAUUGUUUUUUGUUUUGGCUUUUAUGGGUUGUCCAUACACAUUAUUAUCACUAUUAGUUUAAAAUGAUAUAAGUAUUUAAUAGGGGGAGAGAGUUUAAUUUGUAAAUAAAUCCUUGGUAUUUUUAAAGUUUUGUAUUGAGAAUGUCAAGAUUUGUGUACUUUACUCCUGUAUUAAGCACACCAGAAGAAAAAUUGUCUCAUUGUUUCCAUUAAAAAUAAAUAUAAUAAAAUUUAAUGAAUGUUAUUAACAAUAUAAUAAUUUGAAUCUAUAUUAAUAUAUUGACUCUGAGAUGAGAAAAAAAGAAGAUUAAUAUUAAAAAUACAUUUAUCAAUCAAUAAUGACAAAAUCAUUUGAAAGGGUGACGUUUUGGAAAAAAAUAUCAUUAGGCGAUAAAAGGUUCAAAAUUACAAUUAGGAGGUAUUCAUAGAGCGAAAUUCAAAUGGUGUUCAAAAAGUGGUAUCAAUGUACAAGGACAAUCUUUAUGAUAAUGUUUUGCAUGCUUAUUCAAGAUGAAAAUAUGAUUUAAUGUAAAAUUAUGUACAUAAAAUAAUUUUAUUAUAUAUUGAGUUUUCUAAUUUUGUUAUAUGUCUGAAAAUUAAGACUGAGUAAAUAUAAGAUAUUGACAAUGAAGUCUGAAUGCUUGACAUCCAUACAUUUUUUAAAAACUCAGAAGCAAAUAAUGUAUAUUACUAUUUAUAUCACAAUAGAUUGUAUAUGAAGUCAUUAAAAUAAAGAACUUUUUAUAUGAA